AUGGGGUACGGUAAUUAUGUAUCUAGUUGCAUACAUAGUGAGAGAGAAGCUCUUCUCGAAUUCAAGAAUGACUUCAUAGAUCACGGUGGUUUUUUCCGGUCGUGGGGAAAUAGUAUCGACGAAUCAGAUUGCUGCAGAUGGGAAGGCGUUGAGUGCAGCAACACCACCUCUCACGUGGUUGCUCUAAGACUUAGUUUUCUCCAACUAAUUGUAGGUAACGCCAGUAUUAGUAUUAGUAAUAGUAGUACUGCUUUGCUUGAUUUGCAUCAUUUGGAAAUUUUGAAUUUGACCUACAAUGAUUUCGGAGGGAAUCGGAUUCCCGAAUUCAUUGGUUCUAUGAAGCAGUUGCAGCAUCUUCGUCUCAAAUUCUGCAACUUUUCCGGGACGAUUCCACUUCAACUAGGGAACCUUACGAACUUAAGGACACUCGAUCUCACCCGUAAUAAUUUACGGUCUGAGAAUCUCGACUGGCUUUCUCACCUUUCUUUGUUGUCCCGUCUUGAUUUGAGUUAUUCGAACUUAAGUGAUACCAAUUGGAUGCGGCAUAUAUUAAAGCUUCCUUCUCUCGAGGAAUUGUCAUUGUCUCACUCGAACAUUCCCGAUGUACUUGUUACAUCUUCCGUUGAUGAUGAUCUCUUUGUUAAUUCUCUUUCUGUCAUUAAUCUAUCAGAGAAUAACCUCACUUCCGACGCGAUUUACAGCUUAUUUAGACCAGAUCAUCUGACGAAACUGUAUCUUCGUGGCAAUAAACUGAAAAGAUUGCCUCCGUUUAGCGAGUUUUACAAGCUCGAGGUUUUGGACGUUGGUUUUAAUUCCUUGGAAGGCACAAUAACCGAAGCAAAUUUAACAAAACUUCAUAGUUUAAAGACGUUUUUUUUGUCCUACAAUCCAUUGACCAUUCGCAUUAGCCCUGGUUGGACUCCUCCUUUUCAGUUGGAUUCUAUAAGUCUAGCAUCUUCCAACAUGGGCCCGCAUUUCCCGACAUGGAUUCAAACUCAGAGUAGGGUUACGUUGCUCGAUCUUUCUUGUAAUAAUAUAUCAGGUGAAGUGCCUAAAUGGUUUUGGAGUUUGUCUCCUACACUCAAAAACUUAAAUCUCUCUCAUAACCAUUUAAGCGGUAAUCUUCCUCAUUCGAUUCCGUCGAUCUUCAUAGAUCUUAGCUUUAACAACUUUUCAGGUCCUAUACCGUUAUUACAUCCCAAUACUAUGCAUUUCCAGCUCUCCCAGAAUAUGUUUUCAGGUUCGAUUUCAUCUAUAUGCACUACAGUUCCCAUGGAUUUGGAGUUUCUUGACCUAUCUAGUAACCAGUUGGCAGGAAAGCUUCCCAACUGUUGGAAGAACAAAUCCUACUUAAAUUUUCUCAUUUUGGCUGAGAAUAGUUUUUCGGGUGGCAUUCCGCGUACUUUGGGCUAUUUGUCAAGUCUCCAGGGGACUACUGUCAAUAGGCCUUUUAAGAUCUAUCUGGGUAGCCAAGGAGGUUUAAGUUUUGCGGACGGAUUUAAUCCUGGAAACUACAUUGACUAUGCAUUUGUUCAGUGGAAGGGUCAAGAGGCUGAGUAUAGAAAAAGUUUGCAACUUCUUAAACUGAUUGAUAUCUCAAGCAAUAAUUUAGUCGGAGACAUUCCUGAAACAUUUUCGUCUCUCAAGGGAUUAAUUUCCUUAAACCUGUCGAGAAACAGCUUGACAGGAAACAUAAAUCCCGGCAUUGGUCAAAUGGAGAGGUUAGAAGUCCUUGAUCUAUCAAGUAACCAACUCUCCGGCACAAUACCCGUCGGCAUGGCGCAACUGCAUUCCCUGGCAGUUCUUGAUUUGGCGAACAACAAUUUAUCAGGCAAAAUCCCAUCAAGUACCCAACUACAGAGCUUCAAUGAGUCUUCCUAUGCCGGGAAUCCCAAACUAUGCGGGCCCCCUCUCUCGUCUUGCCCGGGAGACAAACUCAUCCCGGACACCACCGAUCAAGGGAAACGUAAUAACAAAGAGAUCAAAGACGAUGAAGAUGAAGGUGGCUUUAUUCUGAUGAGAAUAUCUUUUUGGAAAGAGGUUGGCAUAUCGAUUGUGUUUGGUUUUAUUGUUGGGUUUUGGGGAUUUGUUGGUUCUUUGUUGAUCAAGAGAUCAUGGAGAGUUGCAUACUUUGACUUCUGGGGUCGUGUCGGAGAUUGGUUCUAUGUUACUACAAUUGUGUUUUUCGGAAAACUUAGGCGCGCCUAGAUUGAUUAAGGUAACUCUGUAUAUACCUUUCUUGAACUGUAUAUAACCUCAUUUUAUUGAAACUAAUU